UUAUAUGUUAAAAUUACAUUUUAAAAUGUUAUAUAUUUAUAUAUAUUUACUAUAUAUAUUACACACACACACAUGCACGCACAUAUAUAGAGAUCCAAGUUUUGGCAAAUGGCAAAAACCAUACUUGCAAAAUUAACUUUUUCAAGAAUUUUCAUUGUCAAAACUAUAAAAGGUCUACAUUUGGGUCAUUUAACAAGACAAAGGCCACAUAUUAGUUUCCUCUCAAGAGAAACGUAACCAAUAAUAGCCUUAUAUUCAAGAAGCUAAUGUAGAAAACAUGUAACCUAGGACGGCUUAAAAUUAUAGUCAGAAUCUGUCUUAAAGUCAGUAUUAGAAAGCCAAAAAUUCUAGCGCACUACCAAGGCAGAAAACGGCAUUAACUGGGUGUCAUUAGCCUCAGCUUGCCCGCAGUGAGAUGAAAAACACACCAUCACCAUCACAACGACUAAGACAUUUGACACCCCGUAACCAGUGCUUACUGUGGGGCAAGUGGUUCUUGAGGCUGUCAGAGCUGACUCCCUUAAGAUUGAGAUGGCCCUAAAAAAAAUUAAUUUAAAAAAAAUCUAAAAAAAAUAAAGGUAAUUAACCUAAAAACAAAAAAAGAUUGAGGUAGUCAUUGUCUAGAAGAUACCUAGGCUUUCUAAAAAAAUUGUAGUAACGCUUUCGAAAUAAAACAAUUUCAGUAAACCGAAUUCAGAUGAACUGAGUACUUUCAAGAAUUUGCAAAAAUAAUUGUUUUGCAGUUGGGAAAUGUGUGUCAUAUCUGCAAAUGUACCUGUCCCGAACGCUCCAUGAACUUAAGGAUAAGAAUAGGAACGGGAAGCAAGUCUACGGAAGAGACACACACGGCAGCCGAGCCGUGUGGCACAGCCCCCACUAGCAGGCUUGGCAUAGCGUCUGGGCACGGUCGGGUCUCUGCUGGGGGCCGCUCUCUUGGCUGUGAAGGCAGAUCAUGCCCUCUGUCACUCACAGGGAGCAGUUCUGCCCAACUGUCUCUUCUCGACAACUUUAUCAUCAAUCUCUUUAUUAACAGCUCCACUGCAGUCAGAAAACGCAAACAAGGACCAAUUCUCGUGCCAGAUUUCUGGAAAUCACACAGCACCAGGCAGCACACAGUGUGAAAGUUUGUAAGGAAGGUGUUAUGCCAAGAGAGACAGCAUCCACAAGGAACAAAGUUGGGACAUUCUACAUUAUUAUAUUAAAAUACACAUACCUACUUCCUUAUGCCUAAAUUCCGAAAAAAACCCAAAUACCAACAUAUGUGUGUAUGUAUGGGGCACAGCAGUGGCACAAGAUCAUUUAACUCCUCAGAAAUAACUUUGUUACUUUGCAUUUACGUGUUUUCUUAGAGCAAAAUUUGUAUUAUACCAAAAAUAAAUUGAAUGAUUUUAGGACUCUAUGACAUUAAAAAUAUACAAGACCAAGAUAAACGUCUGCAAUGAGCUGUAAGAAACCCAUUAAAUCGAAAUUUUGAAUUAUUCAAAAUACAUAUUUUCAGACUGAAAUCUGUUGGAUCAAAAAAUAGCAUCUUACAAAUUAAAGGAAAUGCUUCUAAAAGGCUUACGAAGUAUUUUUAAGCAACAACUUAAAAAGAAAACAGGUCGAACUCACAUGACUAAUAUGAAAUAAAAAUACCCAUUAAGUGACAACAGAAUAGUUCCAAAUACGAAGAUGCAUCGUAUCUAGACUAGGUAAUACUUUAUCAUUUAAUGAUUAAUCACAUUAUACUCAGCUCAAGACUUUAACCUACCCUUAAUGGUUUUCCCUGUAAUCUGUUUUGUACCUCUACUGAGGCGAUUGUUUGAAAUGUAUUUAGAACUACAGGCAAAAUCAUUUUUUACAAAACGUUUUUAAGACUGUGUAGCUGAAUUUACACUGCUCCAAAAAGUGUCUUUCGCUGUGGUACGACUUAGGUGACCUGUCUUAGGGCUGAGACGUCUGUGCACGGGUGGAAAAGGGACUCUGCUGCUAAGACUGAAGUGGCAAUGGCAAGUUCAAACCCAGGGUGAAUCAGCUCCAGGCCUUCUAAAUCCUCAUUAUUUAUUCCACAAAGUAAAACAAAACCAACACACCCUUCGGCUUUCCGCGGUCAAUUCUGGGACCCAGUGAGAGGAAGUGUGGAGCUUUUCCGACCAGAACAAGCCUCUGGCUAAGGACCUCCUUCAUCCCUCUCCAGAAGGGAGGAGGACGCACAGCAGCAGCACCUGGUGCGGAUCCCCCGCUCCUACUUCAUGGACAUGAAAUGCCCAAGAUGCUAUGAAAUCACCCUCGUCUUGGUAGUUUUGUGUGUUGGCUGCUCCACUGUCCUCUGUCCGCCUGCAGGAGGAAAAGCGAGGCUUAUAGGAUGCUCCUUCAAAAGAAAGCAGCACUAAAAGCAUCCUGAAUCAAGAUGGUAAGGAACCAUCCCAAUAAACAUUUUGGAUUAAAAAAAAAGAAGAGAGGAUUUAGCACAAAUCCAUUCUCACCAUUAAAAUAUAAACAACACAUGUAAACAAAAACUCUUAAGCUGGGUGGCAAGGAGAAACUAUUAAGGGUAUUAUCCCCUGGACUUUAGAAAUAUCAUAGCAAAAAUUAUAAUGCUUUGUUUAAAGCAGACACAGACUGUUCUGCUCUUCAUUUCAAAUAUAUUUCCCAGCAUACUGGCGGAAUUUAAAGAUAUCCAAAACGAAAGGGAAGUGACUGCAUUGUCUUAUUUAUGUUAAAGUAUGAAUAUUUUCAAAGUUAACAUUUUAUAUAGUAGAUGGUUAUAAACUCCAUAAACUCUAAAUAAUACUGUGCCCUUUGUAGAUAUGAUUUUUAGCUAUCUAAAAAUGUGAAGCAUUUAAUAAGAUAAUUGGAGAGAAAAACGCAAUAAUUACAAUCAUAACCUUCCAUACAAAUAUGAGCUUUCUGAAAUGUGAACUUGAACACGGCCUUAACGCCACCCUUUCAAGGAAAGGCCUCAGAUUUGGGAGUGGAUGAGGAAAAGGAAAAUGUACUUAUAAUUCCAUCCCUUUCAACAAAAUACGAAUAAGUUUUGAUCAGCUACAAUGAUGUUCACGGAACACUGAGACAGAAAUACAUCCGAGGAGAGAAAAAGAAGGACGUUGAAAGGACUUCCCAGGUACAUGAAAUCGCUUCUAGGAUGAAGUACAUACAAUUGCUUCUAAAAUAUGUAGCUCGGAAAUAUUGACGCCAUCUUUCUUGGUGCUGAUAAAGAUGUAAAAUGUCCUAAGAACUUUUAAACUGUUAAGUAUAGAGAAAGGAUGAAUAAACUGAUUCCACGAAUAUGAGAAACAAGUAUUACACAGAAUUAAGCAGACCACUUGUCUCUGUAUGACUGAACGUCAUGUUUAUUACAGAACGUAGUUAAUAUUUCAUUUACUAUGUUCAGUUGUGAGUUAAGACAGCAUCCAUUUGUUGAUUUUGGAUUGAAGAAAAGCUAACAGAAGAGUAAAAUGGAGAAUUAAAAAAAAAUACAAUUCAGGCUAAAAGGCAACUAAUUUUCCUUGUACUAUUCUUUUAUUACAUUAAAAUAGGCAAAAGUAUAUCCAAAGGAUUGUUCAAUGCCUUUUGAGGCAAACAGUUUAUCUUUUCGUUUAAAUGAAUUUAAGUGCACUAACAGUUAAUACUUCCAGGGCUUGGUCUACAAGUAUGUGUAUAUUAAUGAUUUAUCCUUUCAUAUAUCAAUUACUACUUGGAGCUGCAGGUCAUUUAUUGCCACCUUGAGUGCAGCCAGAAUUAAUACUACGCAGAGCUCUAAAACUUUUUUCUGUGCAGAGAAAAAAACAGAGGUGUUAAUUAGAAAAAUAAACUCAAUUCCAGAACAUACCAAGAACCACAAAACACACAACUCUUAAUUAUCAUUUUACUAAUUCUAAGAUGAAUGAAAUGCUAAAAGGCCAUGUGGAUAAUAAGACUCAGAAAGUGUGAGAUUCAGUCUCAUGGUUAGAUGUCUAUCAAGGUAGAGGAAGUACAGGAAGUUCAAUUCUGUAGGUGUUAACAAUGGAGUCAGAGGUAAUUUUUAUAAUAUUUUCCCUUCUGCUGAUCUCGAAAGUUAAUUUUAAUAAAAAAGUUAUCCCACACUGCAGUUAUCUAUUUUUAUACAUAGUAAAGGCCUUUCACAAUUUAGAAUUUCGGGAAUGAAAUAUGCACAACUGCAUGUCCCUUAGAAUGGCUUUCACAUAAGGAGGUCCAUUCCUCCACUCAAAGCACUCAAGACAACCAUACUCAAGAGCUGGCCAUCACACACACACAGAGCAGUUCACUCCCAACCCAUGAGUUAAACAUGCAACGCUGAGCAUUUGGGGUUUAAGAAAAGCAGCAUCUGAUUUGGGUUUAGUAAAAUGAGAAACACUGGAUCCUGGCUGCUUACAGUCUGUAAUUCUAAAUUCACUGAAAAUCAACAGUGCCACCUGCCGACAUCAGAGCUGGAGUACCGACUGCUUUGAAAACCAACAGCUUUGAAAAGGAAGCAUGUCAGUGGUACACUGUCUACAGGCAUGAAAUAAAUACACAGAAAAGGUAUAGUGUCUACAUGCACAGAAUAAAUAUUUUAGAGGAUGGGACAGCUGAAACAGUGAAUUAAUAGCAACUAUAUUCAUGUUUUUCUCCCGAAUGAUCAAUUGUAUAAAAAACAAAUAUCUAAUUAUGUGAGCUAUCAAUCAAUAAUAGGCUGCUGCUAAUGGCAUAAAUUAACCAGA